CACGACGCUAGCUGCAACACUCAGUGUAAACAGCCCUAGCGAGCCACAGCGCUCUAAGAAAAGCGGCCUGUAUAGCUCACAGCCCAUAGCUGCGAAAUCAGUCCAUCAAUCAACGUGUAAGGCGUCGAGAAAGGUGUUUGCAGCAGCUGCAGCAAAGGCAGCACUAAGUGCCGACGCGAGCGAACAAAAAAGCUCAGGCACGCCGUCGCCGCAUAGAUGCUAGGAAAACCGGCAACCGAGGCUGACAUCCUCAACCGCUGGUCCAAUCCCGCCGCACGCCUGCGAACGGCAGCGUUCGCCUCCGUGCUCUUUGCUGUAGCCUUUCUAAUAAUCUACGCCCUGGCGCGCCUGCUCGAGGCGGUCUUCGAGCGUGUUCAGCGAAGGAAGCAGCGAUGAGGCUUUUGCUCCUCCUGAGGGUGGCCGCGGCGCUCUCGUCGGGGGCGCUGCCGCCUUCAGCAGUAUACAAGCCGACUGAAACCGGCGACCGCGCCUUAUCGUGGCUCGCGGCCCUCGGCGUCUUCGCCAAGUUAGUAAAAAGACGCCCGGCGGCCGCGGUUGUCGCGGGGUUAUUAACUCAACCACUGGCGGCCGGCAUAACGCGAGACCUGCUACGAGCGCCUGUUCUUGCCGAACCUGUAACAUUACUGCCGGAUGCCAACUCGAGAAUCGUCUCCACAAAACCUUUAGAAGGCGUGCGCAUCGUCGCCUACGAAGGCAGAGGCGCCGUGGCGGUCCACGCGUCGCACGGCUUCGGGAGCACGGCCGAGAGCUUCCAGGAGUUGUUGGAGGCGCUCUCUGUACAAUUGAAUGUAGCUUCUGUCAUCGCGCACGACCACCCGGGCUUUGGAUUAACAAAGAGGCCGUCGCAGCGACAUAAGUACAUGCUCGGCGGCGACGUCGCGCUCGCAUUGACGCGGAACGCGUCCUCUGUUGUUUUUAUAGGCCACUCCAUGGGCGCGGUCUCGGCGACGGACGCGGCGGUGCGCGCGGCCGAGGCCGGGACGCGGACUGCAUUAGUGUUAAUUGCGCCGGCGAUCGUCGCGGGACGAUCAAUCGGUCCCCCCUCUGUCAAGAGACGAUCAGUCAUAGCGCGCGCCGUCGGCGCUCUUACAAAAUUAGUAGUGACGCGCUGGCCCUUCCGCAUUCUAGUGAGGCGCCUCGUCCUCGCAAAGGACUUCUGGCCGCGCGGCCUCGGGGCUACUUAUGGAGAGCGCGCACGCCAGGACACUGAUCAAUUAAACGCCUACGCAAAGCGCUACGCGCGCGCGGCCGGCGUCGUCGGCUGGGAGCGCGGCCUCCUCGCGUUCUGCGCGGCGCGCCUCGAGCAGGUGUUGAAUGCUCUGCUGACGGGUGAUAGUAUCGAAGCGCGGCUCGCCCGCGCCCUCAGGUCAGCCUACAUACCUCUGGACCGCGUUCUGGUCAUUAAUGGUGAAGAUGACGCUCUCGUGCCGGUGGCGAACGCCCGUCGAUUAGUGGAGAACUUGCGGACGAGCGCCCCGGCGGCGUCGGUCGAGUUGGUGGAGAUUGCUGGAGCGGGCCACUGCCCCCACGAGGAGGGCGACGUAUCUGAAAUAGUCGGUAACUUCAUUAAGUAACUU